GGGGCGCGCGCUGCCUCUCGGGGCUCCCGCGGGCGGGCGCGCGCGAGGCGGGGGCGGAGGCGCGCGCGCGCGGAGAGCGUGCGACAAGGCGGGCGUUGUGGGUAGAGCUGGGCUCGAGAGCCAAGCCCGCCGCUCACCUGCUACGGUGCAACUCACCUGCUGCGGAGCGCGAGCCCCGCGCCCUGCUGGCCCACUCUGGAGCGGGGCCACCGCCUCUCGCCGCCGCGGGCACCAGCGCCGACAUGCCACACGAGUAGCCCGCGCUCUUUGGAAGCACCAGAGGAGACCCCUCGAUCCGCGCGUGCCAAGAGGACAGGGGUUAAAAUGAAUGAAGACCUGAAGGUCAAUUUAAGCGGGCUGCCUCGGGAUUAUUUAGAUGCCGGUGCCACCGAGAACGUCUCAGCUGCUGUCUCCUCCCAGGUUCCUGUUGUAGAGUCAGAGCCUGAGCUGGUAGUCAACCCCUGGGACAUUGUCUUGUGUACCUCAGGAACCCUCAUCUCCUGUGAAAAUGCCAUUGUGGUCCUUAUCAUCUUCCACAACCCUAGCCUGCGAGCACCUAUGUUCCUGCUGAUAGGCAGCCUGGCUCUUGCAGACCUGCUGGCUGGCAUUGGACUCAUCAUCAAUUUUGUUUUUGCCUACUUGCUUCAGUCAGAAGCCACCAAGCUGGUCACCAUCGGACUCAUUGUCGCCUCCUUCUCCGCCUCUGUCUGCAGCUUGCUGGCUAUUACUGUUGACCGCUACCUCUCGCUGUAUUACGCUCUGACGUACCAUUCGGAGAGGACGGUCACGUUUACCUAUGUCAUGCUGGUCAUGCUCUGGGGGACCUCCAUCUGCCUGGGGCUACUGCCUGUCAUGGGCUGGAACUGCCUGAGGGACGAGUCCACUUGCAGCGUGGUCAGACCUCUCACCAAGAACAACGCUGCCAUUCUUUCCGUCUCUUUCCUUUUUAUGUUUGCACUGAUGCUUCAACUCUACAUUCAGAUCUGUAAGAUUGUGAUGAGGCACGCCCAUCAGAUAGCCCUGCAACACCACUUCCUGGCCACAUCGCACUAUGUGACCACCCGGAAAGGGGUCUCCACCCUGGCUAUCAUCCUUGGGACCUUUGCUGCUUGCUGGAUGCCUUUCACCCUCUAUUCCUUGAUAGCUGAUUACACCUAUCCCUCCAUCUACACCUACGCCACUCUCCUGCCUGCCACCUACAAUUCCAUCAUCAACCCUGUUAUAUAUGCUUUCAGAAACCAAGAGAUCCAGAAAGCCCUCUGCCUCAUCUGCUGUGGCUGCAUCCCGCCCAGCCUGUCCCAGAGGGCACGGUCGCCUAGUGAUGUGUAGCAAGCAGCCUUCCACCUAGAAGGACACUGCCUAUACCAAGCACUUCCACUGCCCACCCAAUGGUUGAUGUGCUCCCUUCAAUUCUCUGCAUUGGAUUCUCUGUCAAGCUGCAGAAGCACUUAGCAUUGGUGAAGCAAUGGCAUCGUUUAAAUGAGUUAAGUGACUGAUUGAAAAUGAUGUUACCAGUGUUGUCAGCUUUUCAAAAAAAUUGUUGACUUCUCUGCUCAGCAUUACUUUUGUGUUUGGGAGUAAGGAUUUUGUUUUGUAUUCUAUUUGGGGGUGUGAUUUUUGUUUUAUAUGGUGGUAUGUGGGAAAGGAAGGGAUAUGACAUGGCCAUGAUGUUAAUUUAAGUAAACAAGUUCCAGAGUUUUUACCUGGACUUUAAAAUAAAUCUGAGUUACUAAGGAAAAUGGAGAAGGAAUUACUUUUUCUGAACUUUCUUUUUUAAAAAAUGAAAGUAGACUUUCAAUGUUGCAUGUAUCUUACAGAAUAUGAUCUUUUCAAAGCCAACAAAAAUUAUUUACAUAAUUAUGCUUGGAAGGGAUCUGUUUCUCUUAACAUAAACUCAGUAAUGAGUUACCAACACUGAAAUCAUGAACUCAUUCUGAUUCAUUCUUUCUUUCCUUUGAGCAAUUAUUGUUAGUAAGAAUUACUUUGCAAUUUCUACAAAUGCUGCAACUCCUUCUGCAUGGUUUCCUGUGUUAGUUAGACCACUAGUUUCAAAUGUUGCCAUGUGAAUAUAGAAUUGAGUCAUUUUUAAGUACAGUUUUUCAAUACAUCCUUUCUAAAAUAAAUUGUAUAUGAAAUAGAAUUGAUUAGACCCACUAUUGUAGUUUCAUAAGGCCUGAUAGUUUUCAGGAAACAAAACAAAAAUAUUAAUGAUAACUAUUGAAAGUAGAUUAAAUUUAAUUUAAUAUGUUCUGAAAAAUAAAUUAAUGUGAAACUCUCAUGAGUUAUGCAAAUAUCACCUUUCCUAUCUCUAAGAACAUAUUAGUGGUUAUUCUUGAUUGAGAUAAAUAGAAUUGAAUAGUACAGACCAAGUUUUUCUUAUUUAUAUUGUCUGUAGCAAAGAAUACAUUUGAAACAGGUGGUCUCCUAUUUUAAUGAUUAAGUUUGUGAAUGCAUAACAUACAUACAUGACUGUGGUAUGUAUCUGCUACAUCCUGUGAGUUCACAAGUAGAAUAAUCCCUUGGUUGUUCAUGAAAAGUUAAAUUUGAAUUUUCCUUCUUUUCACACAUAGAUACACACACAUACCUAAAUGCAAUAAAAAUUGUAUUGCCUGGUUUCAGAAAGCAAAGAUUGCCUUGGGAAAUUGCACAGAAAAAUUUGACUUUAAACAUACUUUAAAGUCAUUGAGUCUGCAUGUUGUUUCUGUUAAUGCAGAAAGAUGAAGACACAGUUACCGUUCCUCUAUUUGUAAUGAAGUUACACAGUCAGAGAAAUUUCUGGACAUCUCAUUAACAUUCCCAUGGCAGCAAGAUCAGUAUUUCAGGGCCCUUGGGGGGAGGAGUUGUUUGUAGUAAUUUAACUGCAUUGGUUUGUUCCAAAUAUUACUCCCACAGUGGUCUCAGGACCAUUCUGGCAGCCUCCAUGCUGAUGCCAUCUCUCCAAAGCCUCUUCUAAUGUAGCGCAAGUGUGACUGAAUCCUCUACUUGAAUCUGUGUCUCCUCCCUGAGGUUACUUAGGGAAGUGGGAGAGGGACUGAAAUAUUUAAGAAGUGAGAAAGGAUUUUCAAUACAUCUCACUGUAUGAUCAACCUAAUCAAAUUGAUGCCUUUAAAAUAUAUUUGAACACUGGAUAGACUUGGUAGAUUGAGUAUGAUGAGUCUGUUCAUGUUUAAUCACUUAAAAUUUAAGAGCAUCUCUCUUUGAGGAAGUGACAAAGGUAAGUGUUUUGAUAUGGAGUGGGGAAUAUUGAUAAAGAGGUUUAAAGCAAUAAAUGAUGCCUCUGUAGGAAUUGUGGCUCCCAUUUGCAUAUUUCAAUAGUAAGAAUUAUAAGGAUAACAAUAUGAACUGCUAUUGACAACAUAUUGCUUUCUAAGCCCCCUGCUUCAAAUUUUAUCUGCUCUUUAGCUGUAGUCACAUAAACACACUCUGGCAGGUCAGAAAACUAAGACUGGGAGGAGAGGGUACAAAAUGUGCUAAGUCCACAAAGCCACAGGGUACAUCCAGAAUUGGAAGUCACUAAAGCCUAAGUCUUGCUCUUUGCACGAUGCUGGUUGUCAGGGCAGAGGAAAAACUACUUUUUAACAUGUUAUUGUUACAAAAAUUUGGUACUACAAUUAGGAAAUAAAGUUUCCUGUUUAAAAUGACAUGUGAAAUGAUAGCCAAUGUGGCUGUAAGUAAAGGAGGUCUGUUUGUACCGUGCUCAGUGUAAUGGUCUUAUAAAUACUAGCCCCAUGACUGCUUUUGACCCGUUUUUAAAAUAACAGAUUUCAGUUAAGGGGUUUUUCAGUUCAACUCUAAUGUGUCCGUACUGUUUAAAUUAUGAAGAUUUGGGGAUGUGUAGGUGGUUUUCUACAAGGUUUCUUUGUUUUUAUGAGGUUAAUCGUUAAGAAAUGUGCACAUAUGUCAAUGUAUAUGUACAUGUUUUAUGUGUGUGUAUGCAUUCAUAUGUUCAGUAACAUUAUCUUGCAACAGGACCAAAUACAUAUGGAAAAAUGUCAGAUUUCCAACAGCUCUGAGGUAGCAGGCAAUCUUUUAUUUCAUGUAGUUACUAUUUCUAGUUUACAAGGAACUUACAUUAUUUUCAGUACAGUUGUCUUUGAAGCCAGAACAAGUUACUUAAACUUAUCAGAAUCCUUAGUUGAGGCUAAUUACCUAGGUGUGGUUAGCCAAAGUUAUGUUUCUUUUUACACCUUAGCUCUUUAUUUCUUUUUAUCAAUCAAGUUCCUUUUUCCUUUUUUUGUGCUGGGAAUUGAACCCAGGAUCUUAUACAUAAUAAGCAAGUGCUGUACUACUGAGUUACACCCAGCUCAAGUUUGUUUCUUUAUGGUAAAGUUUGUUUUUUCCUGGUUCCUGGGCAGACGUAAUGAGGGGAGGCAGAGCCCCUUCCUCCCUGGAAGCCUAAAUCAAAGAUCAGUUUGGGAGGGGAGAAUUCCUCAAUUAACUUGUCAUGCAUGAAUAGUCUUAGAUUCCCCCAGGAUUUAAAGCAGGAUUGAAAUAAGAAAUUUAAAAGAGCAGAUGAAGAGCAGAGAUAUUUAGUGCCAAUAAAAGUAUCUUGGAGAUUUCUUACAUUUUUUAAAGAAGUGCUUAAACCUUUACGAAAAUACUAAUUAUCUUUAUUUCAUGGUCUUGUAUAUAUCAUGUGAAUUGAGGAUGACUUACCAUUUCAGAUUAUAAAUAUAUAUUAAACAAGUGGCAUUUAUGGUGUUAUUUUGAAUAAUGUUUACAUUUUCACCUUGAUUGUAUGCCCACUAUAAUAAAGGAACAGAUUGCUUUUUUGGCCCCUUUGAAAAUUUUAAUGACUAUUGAAUAGUUUUGGUAUCUGGUUAGAAUCUUUAAAUAUGGUUCAAAAUUGAAGCAUUAUUAAACUAAUAGUUUUGUACAUCAUGGUUUUAAUUAGCAGACAAAUUUAUUUCCUAGAAAAAAAUGCAGAAAAAAAUAAUGGUCAUGUUGCCUAGGGCUUCCAAUGUUCAAUAUUUAAAGGAUAUGCAAAUCACCUGAGAGUGUUGUUAAAAUGCAUAUUCUGUGUCAGUGGGUAUGGG